AUGACAGUACUAUUGACAGACAUUGUUUGCCAUAUUUCUGCUAAAAGCACAGCAUGUUCUGUGGGCAAGCUUCAUCUUAUUAAGCAUAAAUAUUACCAUUCAGGAGAUCUCAUCAUUGCUGGCAUUGUACCUCAGUCCUACAUGAUGUUUGAAACAAUGAAGUUUAAAAGGCAUCCAUCAGAAGAACUGAUUAAUGAUUUCAUCUAUUUCAUGGCAAGAGGGACCACCUUUGCUUCAACUGAGCUUCUCUCCACACAGGGCAGACUGAUCCCUAACUAUAAGUGUGACAGCAAGGACAAGGCAAUAUCUGUUAUUGCAGGACCUAACUCUCACGUCUGUUCCUUAAUGGCAAACAUCCUGAAUGUCUACAAGAUGCCACAGCUCGUAUAUGGAUCUGCUCCAAAAGCAGAUGAUAAUGCUCAUGCUGUUUUCUUUCAUCAAUUUUUCCCAAAUGAGAACACUGAGAUUAAAGGACUUCUCCAUCUGCUGUUGUAUUUAAAGUGGACAUGGAUUGGGCUGGUUUUUCAACGUACUGAGAGUGGAGAGAAAUUUGUACACAAUGCCAUCACUAUGUUUUCGCAGAAAGGUGUGUGCUUUGACUUCAUGGAACAGUUGGCCAUGGAGACAUUUUAUGAUACAUUAGUUACAUUUAAUGAAUUGAUUAAAACGUACAUGGUUAUCAUGAACAGCACUUCCAAUGUUGUGAUCUUACAUUGUGAAAACCAGGUCACAGUCAUUUUUAGAAUGUUCCCCUAUGCUUCAGAAUUUGAAAACAUACCAAUAAAGAAAAAAGAUAAAGUUUGGAUAAUGACAGCCCAGAUGGAGUUCACAUCACUUUCCUUUCAAAGAAGGCGAGGAAUGGAUUUCUUCCAUGGUGCUAUAUCUUUUGCAGCAUUAUCCAAGGAGAUAUCUGGGUUCAAACAAUUCUUACAAAUGAGAAACCCUACUUCAGAAAAGGAAGACCAUUUAAUAAGAUUGUUCUGGGAACAGGCAUUUGCAUGUUCUUUCCCUAAUGAAAUGUUGGAUGAGGACAUUGGAAUAGUGUGCAUUGGAGAAGAAAAGUUGGAGACUCUUCCUAAUGCUGUUUUUGAUACCACCAUGACCGGGCAGAGUUAUAGCAUCUACAAUGCAGUCUAUGCUGUGGCAAAUGCAUUGCGAGCCAUGUUUUCACCCAGAUUCAAAUAUAAAGUGAGGACAGCCAGUGGGAGACAAUUGCUUUUGAAUCAAGAGGCCUGGCAGCUCCAUCACUAUUUGAGAACGUUGUCAUUUAACAACAGUGUUGGAGAGAAAAUUUUCUUUAAUGAAAAUGGGGAACUGGGAACUGGAUUUGAUAUCAUCAACUGGAUCACAUUCCCAAACCAGACUUUCCUUAAUGUCAAAGUUGGAAGGAUAGACCCCACAGCUUCUCCAGAUAAGCUGUUCACCAUUUCUGUAGAGAACAUCAUCUGGCCAAGUGAGUUUAGCAAGACACUGCCUCUUUCUGUGUGCAAUGACAAUUGCUAUUCAGGUUUCAGCAAGUUUAAAAUAGAAGGGAAACCAUUUUGCUGCUAUGACUGCCUUCCAUGUACAAAAGGGAAGAUUUCAAACAAGACAGAUGCAGAUGACUGUUCUCAAUGUUCAGAAAAUCAGUACUCAACCAAAGCUCAAAAUCUUUGCAUUCCAAAACGGAUUGUAUUUUUGUCUUACAAAGAACCCUUGGGAAUCACCUUGACAAGUGUUGCUUUCUUCUUUUCUUUCAUCUCAGCUGUGGUGCUGGGGAUCUUCAUUAAACAGCAGGAUACUCCCAUUGUCAAAGCCAACAACAGGAACCUCACCUACAUUCUUCUCAUUGCUCUCCUGCUCUCCUUCCUUUGCACUUUGCUCUUCAUUGGGCAACCUGACCAAGUGAAAUGUCUCAUGAGACAAACUGCCUUUAGCAUUAUCUUCUGUAUAGCUCUUUCUUGUAUAUUGGGGAAAACAACCAUUGUGUUUCUUGCUUUCAUGGGCACCAAACCAGGCUCCAAAAUGAGGAAAUGGGUGGGGAAAAGGCUGGCCAACACUAUUGUCCUCUCUUGCUCUGUGGUACAAACAACAAUUUCUGUUGUGUGGCUUACAAUUUCUCCCCCCUUCCCAGAUUUUGACAAGUACUCCAUGGCUGAAGAAAUUGUUCUAGAAUGUAAUGAAGGUUCAACCACUAUGUUUUAUACUGUUCUUAGUUUUUUGGGGUUCUUGACUGCUAUCAGUUUCACAGUGGCUUUCCUAGCUAGAAAAUUACCAGACAGCUUUAAUGAAGCCAAAUUUAUCACUUUCAGCAUGUUGGUCUUUUGCAGUGUCUGGAUAUCAUUUGUUCCUACCUAUCUGAGCACAAAGGGCAAAUAUACAGUAGCUGUGGAGAUCUUCUCCAUUUUGGCUUCUGCAGCUGGCUUAUUGUGUUGCAUCUUUUCCCCUAAAUGCUACAUUAUUGUUCUAAGGCUUGAUUUGAACAAAAAGGAGCAGCUAAUAAAGAGAUAA